UCCCCCUCCUCAGAAGUGGAGAAGAAAGUAUUCUGGAAAGAAAAAAAAAGAAAAAAGAAAAAAAGAGAAGAAAAAACUCACAGGUUGAAAUAAGAAUAAUUUAAUUAAAGGGGAAGGGAAGAGGAAAAAAAAAAGCCUCACAAAAGUACAGAGAGGAAAAAAAAUUAUUCUCUGCUUCCCAUCAACAAGCAAUGUUCAGCCAUGUCCCAGGAAGCAGGGCCUCAAUAGGCGUAGUGGUUGUCUGGGAGGACAGUCGUCUUCACAAUGAGAGCCUCCCCUCUCCCUCCCCUUUCCCACAUCUUAUUGAGUGUGACACUACCUGGCAUGGAAUAUCCCUUUGGCGGGUUUAGGUCAGCUGCCCUGGUGAUGUCCCCACCCCACCUCCUGCCCACCCCCAGCCUGCUGGUGGUGUGGGGGAGUGGGGGUGGUUUGGGGGGAGUCUUGAUGCUGUGCCAGCACUGCUCAGCAGCAGACACAACGCUGGUGUGAUACCAGUGCUGUUCCAGCUCCAGGUGCCAGGUACGGCACUGUAUGGGCUGCUGCAGGGAAAGUUAACUCCAUCCCAGCCAGGGAUGUACAGGCAUUCUGGAGGUUAGCUCCGUUUGCUUUACUGAGCUAGCCUGAUUUCUGGGGACUCCAUCUUCAGUGUGCUGUCAGAGGUAGGACACCUAUUCGACUUGUCGGUUCUGUUGCUACUUGGAGUGUGAGAUUCUUUUUGUUAUCCAAAACAUUCCCAGAAACUGACUGCUACUGUUACUUUAUCAUUCCAGGUUCCCUAUCACUUCGGGAUACCUGAAAUUCUCUCAGCAUACCUAUGUGUAACAGCUGCAUAAUAGCUAACAAUAGACUGCAGCAGAUCCUUUUCAGAGGUCUGGCAUUGAGCUUUGGUUUUGGUCAGUUCUUCUUAUAUCCAUGUGUAUCCUGUUAACACUUCAGGUUUCUCCUAGAGAAUAAUGUUGUUUUCAGUUCUCUUUCCACAUUUUGCAACCCAUUGAAAAUUUCUCUCUUAAAACUGCAAGUUCUAUUUAUGAACAAUUUGAGUGCUCUGAUGUUUCUAAGCACUUGUAAAGCUGAUAAUUUAAUCACAUUAGCAAAAUAUCCUGUGUUGAGUUGCUUCAGAAGGAAGAAGAGGUUUGGAUUAUAAUCAAAGGGGAAAAUAUGCCAAAUCAGGUAGUAAUUUGGCCUGCUUUUCGAAGUCACUCUUAUUUUAAUGCUCAGUAUUGUAAAGAAGGACAAAUAUUAUCUGAUUUCUUUUUAUCAAGCUUCCCGUAACUUCAUUAUAACAGUGUUUAUCUCCCUGCUGACUGAACUCCCUCAUGGCAUCUUUCUUAUGCCAUCAGUAAGUACCAUGUAUUGAUUUCAUUGCUGAAAGCAACCAGGGUAUAAAUGGAAAAUGGAUUUGUUUCUGACACAUAAGUAAUGGGGAAAAAAGUAACAAUAAAAGUAUACUCACUAACAGUUUUGCAUAGUAUUGGGGUAGAUAUGAUGAAAUGCAGCUGGUGUGGUCUUAUAGGCAGUGUUCCUUCCCAGCAAACACAGAUAAGGAAGGAGGGGAGAACUGGCUAAAGUCUUACACUGUCAUGGUUGGCACCUGGGUCAACAAGCUGCCUCUGUCAGUCCACCAAGUGCACAAGGAAAAGGAGGUGUUGGAGUAUUUAUCUCUCAGAAUUCCUUUCUCGGAGUGCUUCUGACCUUCCCUGAACCACUCAGAUGUGCUGGACCAGCUGCAGGCCAGAAAAAUCCUGGCCCUCAGCUGCCUUGUCCAUGGUCUGCUUGGAAUGUGAGGAAAGCAGCUCAGAUACGUCCUCCUCCAUUUCUGGGGAAAUACUAUCUGGAGCAGGAACCGCAGCACAACAAACUCAGGAGUCUCCUUCAUUCUUAAUGAAUGGAAGAAGAAAGUUAGUGAAUCAUAUGCUAUAAUCAUAGAACGAUUAGAAGAUGACCUGCAAAUCAAAGAAAAGGAGCUGGCAGAACUGAAGCAUGUUUUUAGCUCUGAUGAAGCAUUCUGCAAAGUCAAUUUAAAUUACCGCACAGAAAAUGGCCUUUCUCUUCUUCAUUUAUGUUGCAUAUGUGGGGGUAACAAAUCACAUAUUAGAACUCUUAUGCUAAAAGGACUGCGCCCAUCCAGAUUAACAAGAAAUGGAUUUACCGCUCUGCACUUGGCAGCUUACAAGGACAAUGCAGAACUAGUAACAGCACUGCUGCAUGGUGGAGCUGAUAUUCAGCAAGUUGGAUAUGGAGCCUUGACAGCCCUUCAUAUUGCCACAAUAGCUGGUCAUCAUGAGGCUGUUGAUAUUCUUUUGCAGCAUGGAGCUUAUGUGAAUGUUCAGGAUGCAGUAUUUUUCACCCCAUUGCAUAUUGCUGCAUAUUAUGGGCAUGAACAGGUAACUCAUCUCUUGCUAAAAUUUGGAGCUGAUGUGAAUGCAAGUGGAGAAGUUGGAGACAGACCUCUCCAUUUAGCUUCUGCCAAAGGCUUUCUCAAUAUUACAAAGCUCUUGAUGGAAGAGGGAAGCAAAGCUGAUGUGAAUGCUCAGGACAACGAAGAUCAUGUACCUCUGCACUUCUGCUGUCGAUUUGGACACCACGAAAUUGUAAAAUUCUUACUUCAGAGCAGUUUUGAAGUUCAACCACAUGUGGUUAAUAUCUAUGGAGACACACCUUUACAUCUUGCUUGUUACAAUGGAAAGUUUGAAGUUGUAAAGGAAAUAAUUCAGCUCUCAGGAACAGAAAGUCUCACUAAAGAAAAUAUAUUCAGUGAAACGGCUUUCCACAGUGCUUGUACCUAUGGAAAGAACAUAGAACUUGUGAAAUUUCUUCUUGACCAGAAUGUUGUAAGCAUAAAUCACCAGGGAAGAGAUGGACAUACAGGAUUACACUGUGCUUGCUAUCAUGGUCAUAUUCGUCUAGUACAGUUUUUACUGGAUAAUGGAGCUGAUAUGAAUCUCGUAGCUUGUGAUCCCAGCAGGUCCAGUGGAGAAAAGGAUGAGCAGACGUGUUUGAUGUGGGCUUAUGAGAAAGGUCAUGAUGCCAUUGUGACCCUUCUGAAGCAUUAUAAACGACCUCAAGAUGAAUCACCAUGUAAUGAAUAUUCACAGCCUGGGGGAGAUGGUUCCUAUGUGUCAGUUCCAUCCCCUCUAGGAAAAAUUAAAAGCAUGACAAAAGAAAAGGCAGAUGUUCUUCUCCUCCGUGCUGGUUUGCCAUCACACUUCCAUCUUCAGCUCUCUGAAAUAGAGUUCCAUGAGAUUAUUGGCUCAGGGUCUUUUGGAAAAGUAUAUAAGGGACGAUGCAGAAAUAAAAUUGUAGCAAUUAAACGCUACCGAGCCAAUACCUACUGCUCCAAAUCUGAUGUGGACAUGUUUUGCCGUGAAGUUUCCAUUCUCUGUCGACUGAAUCAUCCAUGUGUCAUCCAGUUUGUUGGAGCUUGUUUAGAUGACCCAAGUCAGUUUGCAAUAGUCACUCAGUAUAUUUCUGGAGGAUCACUCUUCUCCCUGCUUCAUGAACAGAAGAGAACUCUCGAUCUGCAGUCUAAAUUAAUCAUUGCUGUAGAUGUAGCUAAAGGUAUGGAGUACCUCCACAAUCUCACACAACCAAUCAUACAUCGUGAUUUGAACAGUCAUAAUAUUCUUCUGUAUGAGGAUGGACAUGCAGUUGUUGCUGAUUUUGGAGAAUCAAGAUUUUUGCAGUCCCUGGAUGAAGACAACAUGACAAAACAACCUGGGAACCUACGCUGGAUGGCCCCUGAAGUGUUCACUCAGUGUACAAGAUACACCAUAAAAGCUGAUGUUUUCAGCUAUGCUUUGUGUCUCUGGGAGCUGCUAACAGGUGAAAUUCCAUUUGCUCACCUAAAACCAGCAGCGGCAGCAGCAGACAUGGCAUACCACCACAUUCGCCCGCCCAUCGGGUACUCCAUCCCUAAGCCCAUCUCUGCCCUACUGAUGAGAGGCUGGAACGCCUGCCCUGAGGGAAGACCAGAAUUUUCAGAAGUGGUCACAAAAUUAGAAGAAUGUCUGUGCAAUAUUGAGUUAAUGUCUCCUGCCUCUAGCAACAGCAGUGGUUCUCUGUCUCCUUCCUCAUCUUCGGACUGUCUCGUUGCACGUGGAGGUCCUGGCCGUAGUCAUGUUGCAGCAUUACGUAGUCGUUUUGAGUUGGAAUAUGCUUUAAAUGCAAGAGCUUAUGCUGUCUGGUCACAGAGCACUGGGCAACACCUUUCUCAGGGUCUUUCUUUGGAUGACAUGAGAAGAAACUUCCAGUAUCCACCGAUCGACAAAAAUGGAUCCUGUCUGAUAGACACAACAGGACUGGAAAACUCCAUGCUGUAUACUUCAUUUCAUCAGGCUUAUGCAGCUCAAAGUUGAGUCCUGUGCUGUCUCCAGGAUAAGUAUCUUGAGGACCAUCAGAAUCACCAUCCUCUGUCACAAAGCACCAAAACCAGCUGCUCUGGAGGACCUCCAUAACACGCUGCAGCCCAGUCACUACUCUCUCAGGCUGUACCCUGGCCUUCCAAGAUCCUGGUAGAUUAAUCAAGCCAUAGCAAUGCACAGCAGCACGCCAGAAAACAGAAAGCCCUGAUACAUUUUUUAUUAGAGUGCUUGGUCUAAUGAUUGCAAAUAUUUGCACUCUUUAUUUAUGGCACAUAAACCAAUUUCACUGUUGUCUCUCCUUACUCAUCUCCAUUUUGAUCUUCUUUCUUUUCAUUUGCUUUUUGCAUAAUGUUUUCCAUUAUCUUCAUUUGCACUUGCAGUCUGUAAGCAAUAAAUAAUUCCUUCACCCUUUUUCUUUUUUAGUAAAAGCCCUAAAAGCACCCUGUUUCCAUUCCUGCAAGAGCCCUUGUCAAAGUGAACAAUUUUCUUCAUUGAAUGUAUUUGAAAACAGGAAUUUUACAAAUAAACACACCCAUGGCCUCUUUAGUGAAAGCAAAGGACCUGCUCUUUGUGGGAAGUGUCACAAAUUGUGAGUUCAAAAGUACAUUGAAAGGAGAAAAAUCACAUGAGAUAGAUACACAAUGGCCAAAGAAGACUGUAUAUCCUCUAAAGUUUAAGAUUAGCAUAAACAGAAAGUUUAACUUUAACUUUGCUUAUCCUUGCUCAUUGCAGCACUCAGACACAGGCAGACAAGCUACUGACAGUUGCAGCAACAGCCACCAAGGUUUCCCAACAGCAAAGAUGGUCUUGGCGAGGCUUGCAGCACAGCAGCUUUGCUGCAGCACAAGGAAAUGCAUCAUGCAUUCCCUGAACACAGGGCAGACAAGAAGAAACCCGUGGGAGUAAGGCAACCCAGUAAGCUUGUUUCUGGGUGGUACAAAACUCACAAGCACAGCAAGGGAAAAAAAAAAAAAAAAAAAAAAAAAAAAAAAAAAACACAGAGCACAGGUUGUGAUUGAGGGGGUUGGAGACAUGAAAGCAUUUAAGAAAGCAAAUGUUCCCCAUUGUGUGGAAGCAGUAAAGUCAAAGAAACUGAUGGUGGCGCAUGUGGACAGUCUUCAACCCAGCAUGACCAGAGAAUCUCAUCAGAGUGCAGUGUUGUCACCAUGACCAGAGAUGUCAUUAAAAGUACAUCAUGCUCUUGUUAUGUGCCCCAUCACAGACCAACACUCUCUGAAGCACGAUGGCAUUAACUUCAAUGGUUCAAUGAAGGCACGUGCCUCCUUCACCUCCCAACAUCCGGGGCACAUCCAGCAUGCAUGACAGCAAUCACGGGCUUAAGAUUGCAUAUUUAGAACAUGAGUAAGAUUUCCUUAAAGAUACACUUUGUCAUGCAGCUUUCAAAACACAGCAUGCCAUGAUCAGAAGAUAAACCAAAGCUGGUUAUGGAGUACAGCUUGGGGAUAUAAUGGUCACUGCAAUUUUAGUUACCAGAGCCUUCAUUUUAUGCAGCUGUGUAUAAUUUCUGUUUGGCAGUAGGAAUUUGGCAUGGAGGAGCAUGAGCAAUGUUUUCUAAUUCUCUCCCAAUCCCUACACCCCAGAAAGUUUUUGUGCACUAGCUUUCUUUGUUCCCUGAGCAUCUGAAAGGCUCUGUAUGAUGCAUUGUUAUCAGGACAUUUGAGAUGACUACAUAGGAUUUAUUUUUAUGUUAGUACAGUAAAACAAGGAGAGUGGGAGCAGCUGACAAUGACAGUGUAAAGAGAGAAAUGGAUUCUUAUUAUUGGAAAGCUCAUUGGAAGCACUGUCAAGAGCAGUUGAUGUCCAUUUUGUAGUGUCAAGAAUUAAACAAGUUAAAAUAUUUUAAAAA